AUGGGGAGGUUCCCUAUGGGGGGGUCCCUACCCUAUAGAUCACUGGGGGGGGGUUAUGGUGCUGUGGUCCCCUGUAUCUGGGGGGGGAGGGGCACUGGGGGGGCGCUGACCUGUAUCUGGGGUCAGUGCUGGGGGGGGCCGCAGCACCCAGACACCUGGGUCCCCGGCCCCCCUCCGCCCUUACCCGCGGUCCCCCCCCUCCAGGACCCCCCCCUCCCCUCAUGGCCCCCCCUCCCCUGCACCUCCUCCUCCUCCUCCUCCUCCCCCUUCCUCCCCCCACCCUGGCUGCCCCGCGGGGGGGGGGGGGGGGCUCCUUUCCCCUCUCCCCUCCUGUGCAUUGUCACCGCCGUCGCUGCGCUCGCCAUCACCGCUGCCGCCUGUCCCACCGUGUGCCGCUGUGCUGGCGGCCGCGUCUACUGCAACGACCGCGGCCUGACAGCCGUGCCCGAGGGUCUCCCUGCUGGAGCCACCACCCUCUUCCUCCAAAACAACCGGAUCGGUGACGCUGGCAUCCCGGCUCGCCUGGGGCGCCUGCCGGCGCUGAAGGUACUAUACCUGUAUGCCAACGCGCUGGAGCAGCUGCCGGCACACCUGCCACCGGCGCUGCGUGAGCUGCACCUGCAGGAAAACAACGUGCGCGGGCUGUGCCGGCGGGCGCUGGCGCGGGCACCGCUGCUGGAGCGCCUGCACCUGGAUGACAACUCGGUGUCGGCCGCUGGCAUCGAGGAGGACGCCUUUGCCGAGAACCGCCGCCUGCGCCUGCUGUUCCUGUCGCGCAACCACCUCAGCAGCGUGCCGCCGGGGCUGCCACCGGCGCUGGAGGAGCUGCGGCUGGACGACAACCGCAUCCACACCAUCCCGCUGCGCGCCUUUGAGGGGCUGCCAGCGCUGCGGCGCCUGGUGCUGGACGGGAACCUGCUGGCCAACCAGCGCAUGGCGGACGACACCUUCAGCCGCCUGGGCAACCUGAGUGAGCUGUCGCUGGGCCGCAACGCGCUGGCGGCACCGCCGGCCAACCUGCCCCGCGCCCGCCUGCGCCGCCUCUCGCUGGCCGCCAAUGCCAUCAGCCACGUGCCCGCCGGUGCGCUGGCGCGGAUGCGCUCGCUGGAGCGCCUGGACCUCUCGGACAACAACCUGACCACACUGCCGCGGGGGCUCUUCGACGACCUGGGCAGCCUGAGCCACCUGGGGCUGCGCAACAACCCCUGGUUCUGCGGCUGCAACCUGGCCUGGCUGCGGGACUGGCUGCGACGGCGCGCGCCGCGGGGGCUGGAGGUCAAGGGGCUGCUGUGCCAGGCGCCGGCGCGGCUGCGGGGGCUGCCGGUGGGGGAGCUGGGGGGGGAGAUGGACGCCUGUGAGCCCCCUGCCGCUGCUGCCGCGGCAGGCACGGGGGCAGCCUCACCGGGUGCUGCGGCAGCGGCGUCGCCCGGUGUCAUGGCAGCGUCACCGAGCACAGCGGCAUCGCCGGGGGUCCCAGCGUCGACGGGUGGGCUGUGGGUGCAGGCGGCGCCUGGGGGGUCUCUGAGGGUGCGGUGGCCCCCGGCCCCCCCCGGCAUGUCACUGCGGUUGAGCUGGCUGCGCCCGGGGGCAGGGGCGGUGACGGAAACCCUGGUGCGGGGGGAGCGGGGGGAGUACGUGGUGACGGCGCUGCAGCCACGGGCAACCUACCGCGUGUGCUUGUCUGCACUCGACGCCCCCAGCGCCGCCAGCCCCCCACUCUGCACCCAGGCUCGUGCCGGUGGUGAGGCCCCCCCCGUAUCACCAGGCCCCCCCCCCCCAAGGGACGCCCCCCUAGCGCUGCCCCCCGGCCGCAGCGGUGGGGGGGGCGGCGGCAGCAGCAGCCGGGGUGGUCCUGGGGGUCCUGGCGGGGUGGUGGAGGCGGCGGAGGAGGGGCGGGGAAGGGGGGGUUCCCCCCCCCCCCAAGAUCGGGGGGGGGCGGCUGGCCCUGAGACCCCUGCGACCCCCCGAGGAGGGGGGCAUCCGCACCAUCUUCCCCCCACCUCCCCCCCCCCCACCCCCUCCCCCCCCGCUGCCCCCCCCUGGCGUUCGGGGGUACCGGGGGGGGCGGGUGCCCCACGGCGGUGUCAGCGAGGGGCUGGGGUCCUGAUGAGGGUAAGAGUCCCCUCUUUCUGGGACACCCCCCCAUGCUGGGGGGACACCCUCUGGGGAUACGGUGGGGGAGGCGCCCCCCUGCUCCAAGGACAUUUGGGGGGGAUCCCCCCGGGGGUUUUGGGGGGAAGGGGUCCCCCUGCCCCUCCCCCACCUCCCUUUAAGGGGCAUUUUGACUUUUCAGCCAUCGCCCUGGACAGCCGCAACCAUGUCCUCUUCAGCAACCGCUCAGCUGCCUACGCCCGUCAGGGCGACUACGCCCGAGCCCUGGCUGACGCCUGCCGCACCCUUGAGCUGCGCCCUGACUGGGCCAAGCGGAAGCUGCUGAACCCCUUCAGUGUGCCAGACCUUUAUGGGCGGCUGGAGGGGGACCCCCGAACCCGGGCGCUGCUGGGGGACCCCGAGUACCGGCGGCUGCUGGAGCAGCUGCGCAGCCACCCAGCCCAGCUGGGCACAAAGCUGCAAGACCCCCGGGUGAUGACGACUCUGAGUGUGCUGCUGGGGGUGGACCUGAGUGGGGCUGAGGAAGAAGAGGAAGCCCUCCCACCACCGCCCCCCCCUCCCCAGCCCCCCACCCAGCCCCCCCCACCCCAGGAGCUCCCUGAAAACAAGAAGGAGGCACAGCAGGAAAAGGAGCUGGGCAAUGCUGCCUACAAGCGGAAGGAAUUCCCCACUGCCUUGGCCCACUACACCCGCGCCGAGGAGCUGGACCCCACCAACAUGACCUACGUCACCAACCAAGCAGCCGUCUACUUUGAGACAGGCGACUAUAACCGCUGCCGAGAACUGUGCGAAAAAGCCAUUGAGGUGGGACGGGAGAACCGGGAGGACUACAGGCAGAUCGCAAAGGCGUAUGCUCGCAUCGGGAACUCGUAUCUGCGGGAGGAGCGGUACAAAGAGGCUGUAAACUUCUACAAUAAGUCGUUAGCCGAGCAUCGUACACCUGACGUGCUCAAGAAGUGUCAGCAGGCAGAGAAAAUCUUAAAGGAGCAGGAGCGGUUGGCGUACAUUGACCCUGACCUGGCACUGGAGGAGAAGAAUAAAGGCAACGAGUGUUUUCAGAGAGGGGAUUACCCCCAGGCCAUGAAGCACUACAGCGAAGCCAUUCGGCGCAACCCCCACGAGGCUCGGCUCUACAGCAACCGCGCCGCCUGCUACACCAAACUGCUCGAGUUCCCUCUGGCCCUCAAGGACUGUGAGGAGUGCAUCCGCCUGGAGCCCUCCUUCAUCAAGGGCUACACGCGCAAGGCGGCGGCGCUGGAGGCCAUGAAGGAUUACAGCAAAGCCAUGGAUGUCUACCAGCGCGCCCUUGACCUCGACCCCAGCUGUAAGGUG